GUGAGUGUGUGUGUAUAUGUGUGUGCGUGUGUGCCACUGGCCUCAGCACCUGGCCAAGCCCACCCUCUCCACCUGGGCCCUCCAUCCUCGCCAUGUGUACCCCUCUCAUCUGCCCUGGAGCCUGCGCAGCCACGCCACAAGGCUGCCCCCGAGAGCUCUAGAGAGCUGGUCACUAACUUUGCAGACGGAUGAGCUCUGAGCAGCCAGAGGAGACCGGGGCUGUAAGCGCUGCCCCCAUCCUGCCGGCCGUGGAUCCCCUCACAGGGUCUUCCUAGGCUCGGGACUGGAACCCUGACCAUGGGACCUUGAAGUGGCUCCGACCUCCUCAGCUCAGUGGCAGACCCCGCUCCCCCAGGCCCUUCCUGCCCCUCCCACCACCAGCUUGCGGGCUCCCAGAGGGAGGGGUGGGGAGGGGACCGCGAUCUCACGGGGCAGGGGGCUUCCAUCAUGAUGCUCAACUCAGACACGGUGGAGCUGGACCUGCCUCCCUCCCACUCAGAGACCGAGUCAGGCUUCAGCGACUGCGGGGGCGGGGCGGGCCCCGACGGGGCUGGGCCUGGGGUUCCAGGAGGGGGCCAGGCCCGGGGCCUGGAGCCGGGAGAGCCCGGCCGGAAAGACCUGCAGCACCUGAGCCGGGAGGAGCGGCGGCGCCGGCGCCGGGCCACAGCCAAGUACCGCACGGCCCACGCCACGCGGGAACGGAUUCGAGUGGAAGCCUUCAACCUGGCCUUCGCGGAGCUGCGCAAGCUGCUGCCCACGCUGCCCCCCGACAAGAAGCUGUCCAAGAUCGAGAUCCUGCGCCUGGCCAUCUGCUACAUCUCCUACCUGAACCACGUGCUGGACGUCUGACGGGGCCUGCCUCCAGCCUCGCAGGGGUGGGGGUGUCCCCCGGCCCCUCCUCCCCCUGCAUCCCAGCAAGGCAUGGAGUCCCACAAGCCCCAGGCAGGGUGACCCUGCUCCCCCAACCCUUCAUCUCCCCCACAGAUGCCCCCCCCCACCGGUGGCUAACAAAAGCCUGACCUCCUCUUUCCGACCCCUGGGUGGGGGCCCCUCCCCCACGGAGGGCGAUUCUCCCGCACCUCCGGGGCGUUUGUGGUUGGGGCCCAGCUGUUCAGAAAUAUUUGCCUGGAUGGUCCGUGUAGGGUUCUUGCUGGGGUUCCUAAGCCGUCUCCCUAGCUCUCUCAAGGUCUGCUGCCUGUUCUAACCCCAGGACCAAAUUUCCAGAGACCCCAGACUCUGUCUGUCUCGUCUCCCAUCCUCUUUCUCCUGCCCCUGGGAGGGAGGGUCAUAGGCAAGGGAAGGGGGAAGGCUGGGCUCCAAGUACAAAGGGGGCUUCUUCUCAGACAUCUCUGCCUGGCCCUGUUGGCCAGAGGGACAGGCCCGGGGCAGCUGGGGGUCUCCUGAGAGGGCUCCUGCCAGGGGAGUCUCAGAGCGGGAAAUUAGGGGAAAAACUGUGCCCGUUUUCUCUCUUGUUCCUGAGGCUCAGCGCAGACAGACCUCAGAUCUUACUUGGUAGUGAGUGCCUUGCCCUCUCUGAGCUCCCUGCCUGCUCCCACCCAGCCUCCCGAUUUUCUCCCUUCCUGUGUGCAGCUGGAGAGGGGGAAACCUAGAUCCUGGAGGAGGGGAUGAUGGCCCCAGACUCAGCGCAGAGACUCAGCAGAGGGCCCAGGCAGCGGGUGGGCCAGAUCUCACAUCUGCUCUCUCCAUC